UGGAGAGAGAGAGAGAGGGGGGGGGGGGGGGGGGGGGGGAGUCUAUAUAUGCAUCCCACAGAGGCUGGUGCUCACAGGCACAGCUGGACUAGUGGAAUACUGGACCGUGGACCCGUGGAGGCAGCAGCAAAACCUGUGGCUGUGGAUAAAUAAACCUGUUACGUAACUGAGAAACAAACAUGUUGCAGAUGAACAGCGUGGCGGACUGGCUGGUCCAGAACAGGGACAAGAUCGAGAAAGGUGUGGAGAUCAUGGGCCAAGCGUCGGAGGUGCUGGCGGCCACCGUGGGCCAGUUCCACCCCAUCCUGGAGGCCGUGUUCAUGGCUUCGUCCGAGUUCUUGCAGAACUCCGACAGCCAAGAGGCUCGCUAUCUAGCCCAGCAACUGGACCAGGUCAACCAGAAACUGGAGGGGAUCCAGAAUGAGAUCGAUCAGAUUGCUCUGGAGCUCCAGAAAACAUCCAUGAACAAACAGAACUUCGACCGAGAGGCGCAGAUGCUCAGCCAGUACGAAAAGUUCCAGGAUUUCGUCAAUGCAAACCCAAAGUUCAAGGAGAAGAAAAUGCAGAAGUUCCUCAGCCACUAUGAGAACACUGACGGGGACCUGAACCUGGACGGCCUUUACAACGCUGUGAUCGGGGACAACAUGGCAGGAGACCCGAUGCUGGAGACGGUGGUGACCACAGAGCAGAGGAGCAGGAGGGCCGUGGAGGACUUCUGCGCCCGACUCAAGAAGCUUUUUGUGGUGGGGAUCAUCGCGGUCAUGGGCUACGCUGCUCUGAAGAACAAGGAGGUCGGGGAGGACACGGUGAAGAAGUGGCAGGACCGGAUGGAGGAGGUGGAGAAGCGAAUGAAAGCCGCCGUGGACGACUGUACGGAGAACUUUGCUGUGCAGGCGAAGGUGGACAUGGAGCACUUCCUUCAGGAGAAUCCCGCUUCUGUAAAUGUUGACUUUUCCAAAUCCAUUCUGGAUAAACUGGUUAAGAAGUAUGACUGGGUGAACUGGUCCAUCCGGGUCUUCUACCACCGGGAGCGGAUCUUCUUUUUCAACUGGCUGGCAGGGAAGAAGUGCCACGGCAGCGGAGGAGCCAACUGGUUCGACGUCUUGACCAAGAACAAGAUCAAAGUGGUGAUCUCCUUCUGCGUCGACCCCAAGCCCAUCAACAAGAGCCAGAUUCAGGAGCAGAUCGAGACGCAGAAGAUGAAGACGGACAUGAUGAAGGUGGCGCUCAAUCUGAACAAGAGCUUCCCCAACCUUCUGGUCCAUGCCGUCAGCCACUUCAAGGAGGUGGUUCAGACCAACAACUUCCACGAGGACUGUUACUACUUUGGAAAACACAAACGGGCCUACCUGUGCGUUCAUCCUCAGUAGACCGACGCCAUCAACUAAACUGGAGCUCCACGAUCCAGCGACGGAAACGUUCAUGAAUGUUCAUCACAAUCCUGAAAAUAUAUUGAUUAAAAAAAACAGGAAACGCUGAUUCACCCCUGAGUCGAUGCCUAAUCUGCUCUGUCUGGUUCCGGUGCGUGAACCGCUGUCGUCUUUCUUCUUUUAUUCGUUCCAUUCGUCUGCUGAUCAUACACAUGCUUCAGGGAAUAGAGACAUAUACAGUAUUUACAUGUCAGAGAGCUUUAUAAAAAUACAACGGAAUGAGAAGGAUGACGAUGAGAUGAUGGUACCAAUGCUGGGCCACCGAAGAUUGUAUGAUUAUAUGUAUGAUUGUGUGAUUAUAUGUAUGACUGUAUAAUAGUCAAUGUUAGCUUUUACAGACUUUGCUGUUUCUCUCAGUCUGUCAUCGUUGGGGGUAGUUUUCAUGCUCAAUCACUUUUUUUUUGCUACAAUAACUGCAUCGUGUCUAAAUCGCUAAAUUAACCAGAUUUUGUUUAUUUUUAAAUGUUAAAGUUCAGCCCAAACAUUGACUGAAAACUACAAAAUAAUAUUAACCCGUAAAGACCCAGAACUACUUUCAUGUCAGUUCCCAAAUUAUUGUUUUCUCUAU